AAAUAAUGCAGCCACUACUUCUUCGUCCCCCUUGUAUUCUCAGGCCUCAUGUUUCAUUGCCUGUGCAGCUGCACCGACAAUCGCACGACCCGGCCUUGUAUCUGAGCGAACAUGGUGCACUGUCUCCCGCCCCAACUGCUUUUUGAAGCGCCAGCAGCCCCGGACUUGACCAUGGAGAAGAACAUGGCCGCAGACGAGGCGUGUUCGCGGAAUGAGUCCCCCGCGUUGCCAGCAGACGCGUUCAAUGAAGAGGCAUACCACAUCAAUGGACACAGGCGGAUUGUGGUGCUUACCGCCCUCGGGCUGGUCCUCUUCAUCUCAGCGUUGGACUCGACUAUAGUGUCGGUCGCAUUGCCUGUCAUCGGUUCUGACUUCAAUGAUUAUUCACGCUCUAGUUGGAUUGUUACUGCGUAUCUCAUCACUUACACAGCAUUCCUUCCUAUUGUAUCUAAAUUCACUGACAUUCUGGGGCGUAGGCCCGUUCUUGUGUUAUCAACAAUCUUCUUCAUGAUCUGGUCUGGAGCAUGCGGUGGCGCAAAGACCAUGAAUCAGCUUAUUGUCUUCCGCGCAAUGCAAGGCAUCGGAGGUUCGGCUAUCUACUCCGCUGUGAUCGUUACCCUAAGUACCUUUGUUUCGAAGCAAGAGGUAGCCAAGUACACUCCCAUGAUCGGCGUUGUGUACGCUUUGAGUAGCGUUGCUGGCCCUUUAAUAGGAGGAGCUAUCGUGUCACACACUCAUUGGGGCUGGAUCUUCUUUGUGAAUCUACCCAUUGGGUUCGUUGGGACAAUUCUCCUGCUAUAUGGACUGUCGGAUCCCUAUCGCGAUCAAGACUGGCGUUUGGUCUCUCGACGUCUUGAUUGGAUCGGAAGCUUCUUGCUCCUUGCAAGUAGUGUCCUCCUGUGCUUCGGUCUGCAAGUAGGUGGAACGAAGGGCUAUCCCUGGGUAUCUGCGAAGGUCCUCGCUCCACUCAUCAUCUCGGGAUGUAUAGUCCCCGUGUUCAUCUACUUCGAGACCCGCCAUCCAGAGCCUCUUGUCCCAUUGCGACUAUUUCGUAGUCGCAACUUUGCGUUCAUCAUUCUCUUCACGCUGUGCCUCGGUGCUGGCUUUUACACUGUGACUAUCUACCUCCCGCAACGGAUGGAGAUUGUCAACCGUCUCUCUGCCAUCACUUCUGGCGUACGCAUGCUCCCUCAGCUUACGCUCGUUGGCGUUGUCUCCUUCAUAUCUGGCGCAAUAGUCAUGAUUACCCGACGCUACCUUCUCCUGAUGUGGUUCUCAUCCUGCGUCGGUGCCAUCGGGUGUGGUCUCCUUACCAUCCUGACCGCACAGACCCGCUUCCCGCAGCAAUACGGCUUCGAGGCACUCAUCGGCUACUCAGUUGGUAUCACUAUCCCCGUAUCCACAAUGAUCGUGCAGUUCUCCACGGACCGUCCGGACCUGGCCUCCGCGACAGGCUUUCAGUCGUUCGCGCGCCAACUUGGCGGAGUCGUCGCCAUCUCCAUCUCCACCGCGGUCCUCAACAGCCGCGUGGAGGCCAAGCUGAACAUGCUCGAAGGUACGGAUAGCCCGUUGGCUAGUGCGGCGCUCCGGGAAGCUAUCCUAGAGGACCCGACGGGUGUGAUGAGCGAGUUGAGCUCAUCGGCACGCGAAUAUGUGCAGGCGGCGUAUAGCGACGGGUUCUCGAAGGUGUUUCUUGCGGGAGCAGUGUGGCUGGCGGUGAGUGCGCUGGCGACGUUUGCGCUGGAGCAUAAGCUUCCUCCGGAGCUUGAACGGAAGAAGCCGGUCGUGGGAGCAGCAGCAGAGAGUCAGGGCCCUGAAGGCGAGACGGUAGUUGACGUUGACGUGCCAUCUCAAGAGAAGUCUGCAGACGUCGAAAGGCAUCAACAGGCUACUCAGCCGAUGGUGGUCGAGUCCAGGAUGGAUCCCGUGCAAGGCCGGUCGGCCUCCGUCGAUCAAGAAGCUGCAGAUGGUAGAGUCUAAGUCGAGUCAAGUUUAUACCUCGCCUUAGAAUGACGCCUCCUGUGGGAGCUGGAUCUGCGUAUAGGGACGUCUACUAUUAAAGUAUCUUCUUGCAUGGUCAACAUCUCUAGGAGUUCGGCGUUUUGUGACGGUGAAGUAGAUAUUUCAUGCCGCUAUCUUGGUGGGUAGCACAUCCCUUCUGCAUUCGCCUCUGUGAAUCCAGUUUCGCCUCCAAUAUGUUUAUCGACUUUAGCUAGAUUUCUUGAUAUCGUAACGCCCUCCAACAUAAUGCUGAUACAUUUACGCGAUUGACUUGACGGACUUGACGGCUCAAUAGCAACUCUGAUACGAUAAUUUUGUACGUCCCAUGUUCGUGAAAGAUGGUGUGAUGCAUUUGCCAC